AUGUGGGUGAUUGGCUACGGCUCUCUUAUUUACAAGCCCCCUCCAUUCACCCAGCACAAGGUCAGCGGGUAUCUCACUGGUUUUAUCCGUCGAUUCUGGCAAUCAUCCUCAGACCACAGAGGCACUCCCGAGUCGCCCGGCCGUGUGGUUACCUUGAUUCCGUCCUCUGAUCUCCAGCGAAACCCUGAUCUCAUGGACACCUACCAUGACCCUGCCCAUUUACACGUUUCCGCGGUAGCGUACUACAUUGCUCCCGAAAACGUGGCGGAAGUGUCUGACUAUCUCAACGUCCGUGAGCAAGACGGCUAUUCUAUCCACCACGUGCCGUUCUACGUUUCUGCCGCCGCGGCGUCCGAUCCAGAGCUCAGCAAACUCCUCGCUUCACUUCCGAUCCACCCAGAAACCGGCGAAAAGUUUAUCCAGUCGAUGAUUUACAUCGGUACUAUUGACAAUGAAUCGUUUGUGGGGCCCGAAAGCAUGGAGCAAACGGCCACCGUGAUACGAACCUCGGUGGGACCUCUGGGGCCAAAUGUAGAGUAUUUGGUGAAUCUACACGAAGCUGUGAAAGAGUUGGCAGGGGAUUUAGACGGCGAUGCCUAUUUGAAGGCGUUGGUAGAAUGUGUGAAGAGCUAG